GGCGUGCACGUUGACGACUAUCGCGCGCGGGUACACACGUAUCCCCGUCCGUUAUUCGCGGGUGGUUUCGGAUGCGCACCGCGGCCCGCGACCCGCCAGCAAUGCCGGGCCUCGGCGGGCCCCUCGCGGACACCGCGAAGUCGUGAGACACGGCCCAGCCAGGCGAGGCAUGGGCGAGAGCGCGGAGCCUUUCGGGGACGGGACAGAUUUCGCCGUGGAGCACGACCGGGUCGACUCGCCCGCGGGACACCACGUCCGUCUGCUCGAGGGAAUGACAAUGCAGGAUGACACUUUGCAAGUUGGGGGCGAUCGUCGUGGAAGCAACAUGUUCGAAAGCAAAAGCGACUCGGCGUUAUCGAGGCGGAACCCUGGGUCGGUGAAAUCAAAUUGUUCAACGGGCAACAUCAGCUCAGCGGUCACUUUCGAGGGGGACAAGUCUAUCGCCGAUAAUCCCAAUGCCAGACUUCAAGCUUGCCAGUUAUCCAGCAGCGAGAGUCGCCUCUCGUACGACGAGGAAUCUCUUCGCAGUUCACAUUCCCGCUGCACGAGCGCCUCAUUGCCCGCGAUACCGUCCUUGGAUUCGUACUCGGUCAGAAAUCGAGCCGACGCGUCUGGAAAGGAUGCACCCGCGCAGGGCAACGUAGCGACAGCCUGCACCGACGAGGAAGAGACGUUGUUCAAUCGUUCAACCGAGUUGAAAAAUCCUUUAUCCGAGUCAGAAUGUUCCGUAAAUAAAAAGACUACUGAAACGUGUCGGAGGGAUUCGACGGAGGAUGAGCAGGAGACAAAUUGUCUCGAAGGAAGGAUCGCGGAAAGCGGUGUAUCCGAAGCGAAGCGAUUUUGCGAGGAAACGCCGGAUUCGCGAUUACGGACGAACGGCGGCAUGAAUGAGCGAGGUCAAGUUGUGGACGUGUGCAAGAGGAAUUCAACUCCGACACUAGGUAUUCACGCGCGAGGUUCGGCAACUCGACCGACGUUAGCCGAUGACAGUAAACUCGUGAAAAUGUCUCUUCUGGCGAAUCCGAUGAACAUAAUGCAGUCGAACGUUCAGCUCUUGAACAAGAGCCGCAACUUUUUGGAUUUCAUCACAGAGAAGUCGACGAACAUCAUGGAAAAGGUUCUUCUGCCGCAGCAUCUGGCGAUCAUUCACACCAUAAAAUCGAUGGAGACCGAUGCCGCGGGAUUUGGCACCGAUAACGUAGCGUUUAGAUUAAAUGCGGGUUUCGCGACCAAUCGGAUUAAUACGACGGACUGCGCGGUGAGGCAAAAUCACGACAGGAGCGAAGAUAACUCGGGGAGCGUAACGCGUAAGAACGAGAAAGAAGCAGACGCGUGUACGAAGAAAAAUGAAACGUACGACGAUUCUGAAGGACGACUGUUAUAUAAUAACAAUCUUGAGAAUGAAACAGUAUCGGGCAAAAAAAAAUAUCAUGCACUUACAAACAAUGACUUCAAUAGAUUAGAUUGUGACGUAAUCGAUGAUGAACGCGAUGUGUCGUCGGCGGGGACGGGCGAGGACAAGAGUUGUCUGCAGACAGACGAGUUGUACGAUGACGCGUGCAAGGAAGACUCGUCUGAUAUUGAUGCACUAGCAGAUUCGAGUAACUUGAAAUACGGCUCGUCGGAGCAUUCGUCGUAUCUUGCCUUGUUGAAAGAUUAUGGCAGUUUAAAACUCGAGCAUUCGAAACUGCUGGAGAGAAUGGAGUAUUUAAAGAAGUUAAGUCGACCGAGCAGCUGUCAGGAAACCGAGGCGGGCGCGAAUACGCUUAUCUUACAAGUGGAGAACUUGGAGAAAACUGUAAAUAAAUUAACGGCCGACUUGAACACGUCGCUGGACACGCAGGAGGCUCUGAAGAAGGAGUGCGCCGCGGUUAGUAAGGAGAAGGAAAACAUGGUCAUGAGAUACGUGACCAGCGAGAAACAGUUGAUCGAUACGCAAAGAGCCAGGGAUUCCACGGAACGCAAAGUUAAGGAGCUUCAAAAGGAUCAGGAGUUACUGCAAGGCAAAUUGCGCCAAGCGCAGGGUGAGCGCGCGAGAAUAUGUAACAUUCUGGACGGGAAGUGUCGCGAAGUCAGCGAUCUUCAAAAGGAGAUAGAGAAUUUGAAGGAGGAUGUUAAAUUGAAAGAGAUCAAGCUGAAGUGGACGCAAACUAAGCUUAAGACUGAAAUGGAGUCGCAGAAGGAUACUCAACAGAAAUUGGAUAAAUCUUUGAUGAAAAUAAAUGACAUGAAAGAAGAGUGCGAGCAGAUACGCCGCGAGACGCAGGAAUCAUUCCGUAAAUUUCAGCAAUCUGAAGAGAAUAAGGCUGUGACGUUGGACCAACAGCUGAAAGAGCAUCAGGCACGUUUGAUCUUGGAAAGGCACGUUACGGAAGACAAGGAAACAUUGAGGCUUCAAUUGCAGAAGGAGCUAGAAGCACUGAAAUCUAAGCAGCAGAACUUAAUUGAAGAAAAUAAGAAACUUAGCUUAACAGUACAAGAGUCUGAGAAAGUUCGAUUAGAUAAUGAAAAUGACUUGAGUGAUUUAAGGUUCGUCGCGGAUCAGCGUCAGCAACGAAUCACUGAAUUAUUAAAUAAAGUCUCCGAAUUUGAAACGUUAAAACUUCAAUUGCAACAUAAAGAAGAAUACGUAGUGUCAACCGAAGCAAAAUUGCUGCAAUUACAAUCGACCAACGAGGAAUUGCAAUCCGACAUGCAAUCCUGCCGUCAGAAGGAAGCGAAUAUGUUAGACUUUACGCAAAAAUUAACAGACAAGAACGUGCGUCUUCAAUCGGAGUUUAUCGCGAUUCACACAAAGACAAAUCAUCUCGAGGCCGAACAAGGACCACUACGUGAAUGUAUCAACGAAUUGACCGGUAGAGUUAAAACUUUAGAGGGAGAUUUGACGCAAGAACGGAAGAAACGGAGGGAGGAGUGCGAGAUUCUGGCUAAACAUGUCGCCGAACAAACUCAACUUGCGCAGAACUUUGCCCAGAAGUUGGAGGAUAGUCAGGGCGAAAAUGCAGUAUUAAAGAGAAAGCACCAAGCUUCGAUAAAAGAAAUGACACGGGAAUUGCAACAAUGUCGUAAAAAAUUGGAAACGUUUGAAACCACAUCUCCCAGUAAUUCGUUGGAUAUUGCAUCCAGGACUGGAUCUAAUACUUCCUUAGCAGGUGAUACAUCAAACGGUGCCUUAUCAGAUAACAACGCUAAUAGUGAACACAUUAACUCCAUAGAACUUAAUAAACAAGUGCUAGUGGAUCGCAUUAUCAAGCUCCAGAAUAUAAAUGCAAAAAGAGCUGAAAAGUUGGAUUUUUUAAAAGGACAUACACAGAUGUUACUCGAAGACAUACAGAAGAAAGAUAAAAUAAUACAAAAUUAUAUUUUACAUCAAAACUUUGGAGCUUUGGCAUGUAACGAAAGAGAUAGAUACAAGCAUAUCAAAAGCAGAAGAGAUAUAGCGGAAUUGGCCCGACGUGGAGGUAUAAUGGCAUCCGUUUACAAUCAUCGAGUUUCGGAUGAGAAUAUGACUCUCGAACUUUCUUUAGAAAUAAACCAAAAGUUACAAGCUGUUCUCGAAGACGCAUUACUGAAAAACAUCACCUUGAAGGACAAUAUUGACACAUUAGGUAAAGAGAUAGCGAAAUUAACAAUGGAGCAUCAACAAAAACAAAUUGACAAUUAAUAAUUAGUUAUUACAUGUAUAAAAGAUUGCAAUUGGUUUCGUGUCGUCAAUUAUAAGUGCCUCCAAAAAAUUUAUAUUACUAUCAUUAAAUUUACCAUUGCCUUAAAAAUGGAAGAAUCGAUAAUUGAAAGUAAAUUAUUACUAAAGAGAAGAGGAAUGGGAGGAGGUACAAGACGCUACAAAUCUGGUAAAUAAAAGUUUAUUUUGCAAGAUCAACACUAGAUUGUUUUAAUUUCUAAAGUACUUAUAUCUAGAGGCACUAGUCAAGCUUAAAACCUAACCGACUACAAGUUCAUAUUACACUCGAUAAUUAUAAUACUUGAUUUAUGCUCAGGAUAUCGACCAUAGUACAUACUUGAGCGUAUAAUGAAGGAUUGUAAUCGAAGUAAAAUCGACUAAAUCUAGUGAUUAAUA